AUGCGACAAGGUCAAGAAGCCUUGAUCAGCGUCCUGAGACCUGGUCUGCGGCAGCUGCAGCUGGCCCUUGAGGCGCCCAUGUGGCGCAUCGAAGCGUCAAAUCCUGCAGCUGGCAGCACCCUGCCCUGCACCUUGCGUUUGACACUACCGCUUACUUACCCCAGCAGUCUACCGCACGCCUCAGGACUUGGCAGCAGCGGAUUUGAUGUGGAGGUCACAGCUCCAGGAGCACUGGGGCGAGAGGCCAUGAAGGCUGUGUCUCGAGCGGCGUAUUGCCGACUCUCUGAGCUCAUUUCCAGUGGCUCAUGCCAGCUGAUACGCAGCCUUGCUGAAUGGGUUCAGAGUACGGAGCUUCAUGAUCUUGCUGCGUCUUUUUACCAGCCGCCCAGGGGAGCUCCGCCCAAAGGUUUGGUCCGUGCCUUUGUGCGGUUUCAUCGCGUCCAAUCCCUGAUGAAAAGGAGCUACAUGCGGCUUUGGGCAGAAGACUUGGGAGUUGCAGCAUUGCUCGCAACCGGCCAGCCGGGGAUGCUGCUGGCGAUCGGGCCUGAAGCGCCUUUGAAGGCCUUCUUGGAUCGUGCCAUGAAGUGUUGCCACUGGGGGCCAACGCCUUGCAGGAUUGUGUCCAGCAGCUCGGUGAUGGCUGAAGAGGUGGAACGACCUCUUGCAGGCCUUCCUUUAACACAGCCAGGCUUGCAGGAGGUGGCAGAUGCUUUUCCACGAGCUGUACGGCAAGGCGAGGCCUACAACGGUCGAGAUUGCAUCGAUUUUCACAUCCUCGCUCAGGAGCUUCAGCACGUCGGCCACAUCGAAGCUGCAAACGACUUGCGCAUUUUGGCCAAAAGCGCGUUUGCGCACCAGGAUGGUCGGGUUGAAGAGUCCCAAGAUGGCAGCGGCUGGGUUGGCUAUGCCCAGGCAGAGGUCAAACUAGCACCAGGUGGACAAGCAGCAGAGCUCAAGUUGGCCUCCAUACCUGCACAGGUCACCUAUACAUUGUUAGCCAAAGACCACUGGUGUGACAAUUUGGGUGGUGCGCAUCGCCUGGGCGAAGACUUCAACGGCUACAGCCUCGUCGGAUGCCAGACGCAGUGUAGCAAGGACAGGCUUUGUGCAUACAUCUCCUUCAAUCAGAAUGAUGGAUGGUGUUCGAAGUAUGCCACCUGUGGAGUGCCGACCACGAUGCCGAAUGAAUUUCCACAGGACCCAAGGGGCUGGUUGACCUUCGCAAGAGAUUCGGUGGAGGCAGUGCCACAGUUCUACGGAGAUUGCUCGCAGCACGAUUUCCAGGUCUUCAAGAAUCGGUCAAGUGCAUGGUAUGAGCAGCGAGUUGCAAGCCUCCGCCUCUUUCAUGACAUGACGCUUUUGGUGAAUAAUUUUCACACAAUCUACAGCAACUGCCCACCUGCCGCCCUUCUGGCCGUUCUGCUGAAGCUAGAGUCUAUGUAUUUCGAAAACGAGGAAAAGUGGAACACUUUGCUGGAGAUCUACGUGAACACGCAUCACAAGGCCUCUGCAGAAGGAGAACUGCUUCCACAGCACUACCAAGACGGAUGGCCACUCCGGGAGGGCAUUGGCCGCGCCCUGCAACUACGAAAACUCGGUACCAAGCAGAGGUCUGUAGAGCUUGUGGUGUGCUAUUGCUCUGAGAAGCUGUCAUGGCUGCGCGCCUUUCACCAGCUGCCUUGGCGUGAUGAGGAUCGCUCAAAGGCCGUGCGAGAAAAUGUCGCUCUGAGAUUUUAUCACAAGUGUGGCGGCUUGGGUCAGGCGGCACGUCAACUGGAAGCUCAGACACUGCAGGAUCAGUGGGCCCCCUCUUUUCGUGAGGUCUCAGUUCGGUAUGUUGAUGAUGUAUUGCGAGCAGACGAUGACUCAGCCUAUUUGGCCUUCAUUGUAGAUCGGUACGACACGCUGCCUGAUUACACUGUGUUCCUGCAUGCUGAUGCACCAGAGCAUGUGCCGUCCUUGGAGUUGCUCACGGAUUCAGUCUUUGCAGCAAUCCGCGGGUUUUUACCGGAGAAUAUCGGCUUUGUGCACUUUGCCCACAACUAUGUGCUUCAUGAUUUGGGCUGUCGCGAUAAUCCUGAUUGUGAAGGUCACCAACUUGAUCCGGAAUUCGGGGCUCUUUGGAAGAAAGUCUUUGGCUCAUCCAUCGCACCUUCCCUGGCUGCCGGCGAUGUGAACGCUUACUGCUGUGUGCAGUUCAUGGUGCAUCGUGACCGGAUACGUUUGAGGGCCUGCAACCCAUCUCCACGAGUGAAGCCGAUGUCGUUCUACCAGCACGGCUGGGAGUACUUUGGGCUUACAGCAGAGUCUUACCACCGACUUUUCCCAGUUGGACGUGUUGUCCGGAAGUUGGAUGUGUUGGGACGCACACCUGGGCAGUUGGCCAUGUACAUAUGGCAUGUGAUGUUUGGCGAAGCUUUGCGACUGCCGCGGCGGCAGCGUGAUGUCCGUUUGCCUCUUUUCAUGAAGAUUCAAAACGUUGAGGCCUGGCAUUUUAGCAACAUGUUUAUAUGUGAUCAUAUUUGA